AUGGCAAGUGACGAAGAGUUGAGCAGCACUGAUUCUGGGAAGCCUAGCAUUGAGAAAGCUCGCCUUGGCCCUCCAGAUCGUUGGCUUUAUUGCCCACCACUGGGCUCGAUUGUUGCAAAGCAUUUCUUGCCCUUCAAAACUCCCCUUUGUAAACUGUAUGAUGAACAAAUUGAGAAGAAAUGGUGGUUUCAUCCACGAGAUGUUUUUGCGUACAAAUUUCGCGGUGCUGAACCAGGUGCAAGAAUUGGGUUGUGGAUCGAUCUCACAAAAACCAAUCGCUAUUACAGUAGAAAGGAGGUGGAGAAACGAAAUUGUAUUUAUAAAAAGAUCCCAGUCAAAGGUCAUGGAGAAGCACCAACCGUUGCUGAAACGGAGCAGUUUUGUCGAAUAGUACGCGGAUUCCUUCAGGCAAAUCCAAAAGAUAUAGUAGCAGUGCAUUGCACUCAUGGAUAUAAUAGAACAGGCUUCUUAAUAGCAGCAUAUCUUGCUAGUGCUAUGGAUUGGGCAAUCGAUGCUGCCAUUUAUUCAUUUGCACAAAUGAGGCCAAAUGGCAUUUAUAAACAGCUCUAUUUGGAUGAACUUAUGCUGAGAUACGGCGAUGAAGACGAUAAAAUUGAGGCACCACCACGACCUGCUUGGGAGAGUGGCCCAGUUAUUGGUAGUAUAAUUUCACUUGACGAAGUCGGUAGUGGUCAAGUUAUCUCAAGUAAUGCUGAUGAACAUGUUGAUGAGCCUAAAUUUAUGGAUGGAGCAGUACCUAGUGUUAAAUACGUAUCAGAUCCUAUAACAAGGACCAUUUUGCAAAAUAAGAUUCGUGAUAUGUGUGGUUAUCAAAGAGAUGGUUUUCCUGGAAGUCAACCAGUAUCCAUGGAAAGAGAUAAUUUACGUUUUUUGGCUGAAAAGAAAUAUAUGGUGUCUUGGAAAGCCGAUGGAAUCAGAUAUAUGGUCCUUAUUGACGAUGAAGAUUCAAUAUAUGCAUUUGAUCGGAAUAAUAAUGUGUUUAAAAUAUCCUGCAUAACAUUUCCGCACAAAAAAGAAUUUCGUCAUAUUCAAAACACCCUCCUAGAUUGUGAAAUGAUAAUCGAAAAGGUAAAGGGAGAAUCUGGCGACAUUAUCGAUGUUCCAAGAUUGCUUAUCUACGAUAUUAUUAAAUUCGAGGGACAGAAUGUGGGUGAAUGUGAUUUCACUACGCGUCUGUCAUGUAUUCGGGAAGAUCUGAUUCAACCACGUCGUGAUGCUUUGAGAAGUGGUCGCAUCAGAAGAGAGAAUGAGCCGAUAAGUAUACGUAAUAAGGAUUUUUGGGAAUUGGAAGCGGUCCGAAAGCUGUUUGAUGAAAAAUUUACGAGAAAUGUUGGACAUGAAAUUGACGGUUUAAUUUUUCAGUCAAUUAAUGAACCCUAUCGUUGUGGACGAUGUGAUACGUUAUUGAAAUGGAAACCUCCAUCUCAUAACUCAAUUGAUUUUCGAUUAAAGAUAAGGCGUGUGUUGAAACCUGGUGAAUUGCCUGAAUAUAUUGGCUUUCUCUUUGUACAAAACCAGUCAGAACCGAUGGCGCAAAUGAAAGCUACGAAGAAGUUGUUGCCAUAUGAUAAUAAAAUCAUUGAAUGUACUUUUAAAGAUGGUAAAUGGGAGUUUAUGCGUGAACGUACAGAUAAAAGUUUGCCUAAUUCAAGCAAAACAGCAAAAGCUGUUUAUAACAGUAUCAUUCAUCCGAUUGAUAAGGACUCGUUGAUAGCAUUUGUUGAGAAAAUAUGUAUACAAAGAACGAAAAAGAGACCUGUUCCACAAUCAGCUAAUGAUGUUAUUCAAAAGAUUCCCAAGAUAUAG